UUUUUCGUCAACUGGGUGGCAACUUCUGUGUUUUUCUCGGCUGAUGAAAAAGUUGACCAAUAAAAUCAAUUAAAUUAAAGUUGCAGCAAAUGCUUAAAUUUUUAGUGAAAGUGCGCCUACAUAGAGUAGGAUAAACAUAGUUUUACAACGGAUUACAGAGGCGAAAAUCCGAAUCCCAGCAGGCAUACGUGUGUAUUUGUGCGUAGUCCGUAAACGUCACACACACACGAGGUCCACGCACACAGAGAUAGAGAACGGAGCCCUACUAUUUACUUUGAUCACCACGUAGUAACUAGUUAAAUCUAGUGAUUACGGCUAAUAGGCGACAUGGACGGCAACAAGGACGAGGCACAGCGGUGCAUCGAUUUGGCGGUCCAGGCUCUUGCGGAGGGCAAGAUCGAAAAGGCCGAGAAGUUCCUGCUCAAGGCGGAAAAGCUGUUCCCUACGGAAAAUGCAAAGAAGCUACUGGCCCAGGUUAAAAGCAGUCCAGGCAACGGCACCAAUGGCAAAUCUCGUCCAGCGGCUGCCAGCGAUGAAAAGGACAGCGGUCCUAGAAAACGUGUGAACUCCGACUCGCGUUCCAAUGCCCCAGAUUACACCAACGAUCAAUUAGAGGCUGUGCGUAAGAUCAAAAAAUGUAAGGACUACUACGAAGUAUUGGGCGUGAGCAAAACAGCCACCGACUCUGAGAUCAAGAAGGCCUAUAAGAAGCUAGCUCUGCAACUACAUCCGGAUAAGAACAAGGCUCCAGGAUCGGUUGAAGCCUUUAAAGCCUUGGGCAAUGCUGCCGGUGUUCUUACGGAUGCCGAAAAGCGCAAGAACUAUGACCUUUACGGCAUUAAUGAGUCCCACAAUGGUCAUGGAAAUAACGGAGGUGGUCACCAGGGACAUGGCCAAUACUACAACAACGAGUAUGGAUACUCUCGUGGUUUCCAGGCUGACAUCAGUGCCGAGGAGCUGUUUAAUAUGUUCUUCAACGGUGGAUUCCCCCAGCAAAAUGUCUACAUGCGCCAGCAGCGACGUCGUCAUCAGGCUCGCGAGGAUCGCGAUGGCAACAACUCUUCAGCUUGGAUCAACUUGCUGCCUAUUUUGCUGCUAAUUGGUCUCUCCAUGAUGUCGUCGUUCUUUAUCUCUGAUCCGAUGUACAGCCUGACUCCCUCCCACAAAUAUUCUGUAAAACGUGAGACGAAUGCCUUGAAAAUACCAUAUUACGUGAAGGACAACUUUUAUUCGGAGUAUCAGGGCUCGGUGGCCCGAUUAGAGGAAUCCGUGGAAGAGGACUUUGUCAAUCAUCUGAAACACUCUUGCAGUCGAGAGCGGAAUUAUCGUGACGCAAUGUUGGCCAAGGCGCGUACCUUUGGCGAUCGGGACCUGUACAGAAAGGCACAGAACAUCAACACGCCGUCGUGCGAAAAUCUGCAAAAAAUCACUUUGAGAAAUCAGAUUUUCCCAAGUAACAUAUGGUAGCACGAUCGAUCGGUCGACAAUAUUAUUUCUAUAGAGCAAUCGGCAAAAUGUGAGAGCGAAGCAAACGCAACUGCCAAAAAGUCAUAUAAUACGAGUAUAAGUGGGAGGCUGAGACGAAGGACUACUGUUUUUUCAUUUAGAAAUCGGAUAACUUUAAUUGAUAACACAAAAUGUAAAGGAUACGCAUCAUCACAUACUGCUAGUCUUAUUGUCAACGGCUCUAAGGAUACGAAUGCGUGGGCAGUGGCGAUACUCUGAAUAAAAUUGCAAGUUAUUAUUACACCAAAAUAAAAUCCUUUGCCCACGAAAAGACUUGUUCUGAUGUGGGCUUAAAA